AUGACUCUGCCUCUGCCUCCCCCCGGCAUCAUCCUUCGCGACGCGCGGACGCCGCGGGGGUUCGUCCAGCUCCUCGCCUCCUCCUCCUCCUCCCCGCUUCCGCCGAGCCCGUCCGCCGCGGCGCAGUGCCAUGGGCUGGCCACCAAGCUCGGCCUCGCGGCCAGCAACGUCUUCGCGGGCACCGCCCUCCUCGCCUUCUACUGCCGCUGCGGCCGCCCGAGCGACGCCCGGCGGCUGUUCGACGAAAUGCCCGAGAGGAGCGGCGUCACCUGGAGCGCGCUCGUCUACGGCCACGCGCGGUCCAGCGCGCCCGGCCUCGCCGUGGAGGCGUUCGGACGCAUGGUGCGCGCCGGCUUCUCCCCCACGGCGGCGGCCGUGUCCGGCGCCCUUGUCGCGUGCGCGAGGAUGGAGGACGCCUGCAUCGGGGCGAUGCUCCACGCCGCUGGCCUCAAGUGCGGUGGCGGCGUCUGUGGCAGCGUCGUCGUCGGGACUGCGUUGGUGGACAUGUACGCCAAAUGCCGUGAUGUUUCGGCUGCUCAGCGGGUUCUUGAGGAGAUGGAAGAGAAGAAUGUGGCCACUUUUACGGCUCUUGUGGGCGGGUUUGCCUCAGCCAGAAGACCUCGCGAGGCCAUGAUGCUGGUCAGGGAGAUGGAACAGUCAGGGGUGGCACCAAACAUGAUGACAUACAGCAGCCUUCUCAGCUCAUUCGCGGGUCCUGAAGACCUCAAUCAUGGGAGGCAAGCGCAUUGUGCGGUGGUAAAGAAGGGUCUCGAGCACAAUCCGUAUGUUCUGUCCACUCUUAUGACCAUGUACUCCAAGUGUGGCAUCUUAGAUGAUUUCAGGAAGGUGCAGAUGAGUGUUUCGUGUCAGGAUCAGGUGUCGCUCAAUUCCGUGAUCUCGGGGCUCUCCUGUUUGGGGAGAGGCGACGAGGCAUUUCAGCAGUUCUUGGAGAUGAGGCGGCAUGGCGCUGACACAGAUAUGUUCACCUUUGGCAGCAUGCUGAAGGCUAUAGGGAGCUCAUCCUCACUGCUAGAGGGAAGACAAGUCCAUGCUCUCAUCCUCAAAACUGGGUAUGAGUCUGAUGUGAAUGUCCAGAACGGUUUGAUUUCCAUGUACGCCAGGCGCGGCGAGAUAGGGGAAGCCAGGGAUGUUUUCGCUUCGGUGGAAGCGCCUGACUUGGUCUCCUGGAAUUCGCUUCUGACAGGAUAUGCUCAACAUGGUUAUGGCAAAGAGGUGGUUGAGGUGUUUGAACAGAUGAGGAGACUGCAUGUUCAGCCAGACAACACAACCUUCUUGUUGGUGCUUACAGCUUGCAGCCACGCCGGUUUGGUGGAUACAGGGUUGGAGUACUUCAACUUGAUGAAAACAAACGGGUUUCUCGCAGGGGCACGGCUAGAGCACUACGCGUGCGUGGUCGAUCUUCUCGGUCGAGCGGGCCAUCUCCAAGAAGCCGAGGCUUUGAUCAACGACAUGCCUAUUGAACCUGGCGUCUCGGUGUACAGAGCUCUGCUUAGUGCCUGCCAGAUCCACGGCAACCUUGAGAUUGCGGUCCGGGUGUCCGUGCGCCUGAUCGAGCUCUACCCGCACGACUCCUCUGCCCAUGUUCAGCUGUCGAAGACCUUUGCCGGUGAUGGCCACUGGGGUGAUGCUGCCGAGGUGUGGGAGGCCAUGGCAGGUAAAGGGAUAGUGAAGAACCCUGCUUGGAGCUGUGUCGAGGACCGGGUACAGGUUGGAUAA